AUGAACUUCCAGGUGACAGGCCUGGGCCUGGACAAAAUGAAGCUGGACAGUCCCCAGUCCUUCCUGGACCAGGAGGAGGUAGAGGAGGCCGAGGAUGGGCAGCUGCUGGAGCCCGAGGCUUGGCGAACCUAUGUGGAGCGCCGCAACACUCUGCAAGAGUUCCUGACCUCAGACCUGAGCCCCCACUUGCUCAAGCGCCACCAUGCCCGCAUGGAGCUCCUGAAGAAGUGCUCCUACUACAUUGAGAUCCUCCCCAAGCACCUGGCUCUGGGCGACCAGAACCCACUGGUGCUGCCCACCACCAUGUUCCAGCUCAUUGACCCAUGGAAGUUCCAGCGCAUGAAGAAGGUGGGCGCCGCCCAGACCAAGAUCCAGCUCCUGCUGCUUGGGGACCUGCUGGAGCAGCUGGACCAUGGCCGCUCCGAGCUGGAUGCCCUGCUCGAGUCGCCAGACCCUCGGCCCUUCCUGGCAGGCUGGGGGCUCGUGGAGCAGCGCCUGGCGGACCUGUCAGCUGUCAUGGACAGCUUCCUGGCCAUGAUGGUGCCGGGGCGCCUACACGUCAAACACCGCCUAGUGUCUGACAUUGGCGCCACCAAGAUUCCCCACAUCCGGCUCAUGCUGAGCACCAAGAUGCCCGUCAUGUUUGACCGCAAGGAGUCGGUGGCCCACCAGGACUGGGUCAGCCUGCGCUGGUUUGUCACCAUCCAGCAGGCUAUGCCAGAGCAGUUUGAGCUGCGCUACAAGCUGCUGGACCCACGGACACAGCAGGAGUGCAUGCAGUGUGGCAUUAUCCCCGUGGCCGCCUGCGCCUUUGACAUCCGAAACCUGUUGCCCAACCGUGCCUACAAGUUCACUGUCAAGAGGGCGGAGAGCUACACGCUGGUGUAUGAGCCCUGGAGGGACAGCCUCACCCUGCACACCCGACCAGGGACCCCUGAAGGGCCCGCCCCCAGUAGGCUGGGCAAGCUGGGCCCAUCCCUGAUCGCACCUUCUGAGAGAUGA